AGGCCCCUGGCAUUUAUGGGUUCACAGACUAAGAAAGUGCUGCUAACACCCAUCACACAUGCAGCUCGCCCAUUCCGGGUCUCCAACCAUGACCGAAGCAGCCGGCGUGGAGUAAUGGCCAGCAGCCUGCAGGAACUCAUCAAUAAGACGUUGGAUGCCCUGGUCAUCACGGCUGGCCUGGUUACUCUGGUGCUGGAGGAGGACGGCACUGUGGUGGACACAGAGGAGUACUUUCAGACCUUAGAGGAUAACACCCAUUUCAUGAUCUUGGAGAAGGGGCAGAAGUGGACGCCGGGUAGCAAGUAUGCUCCAGUCUGCAAGCAGCCAAAGAAAGCAGGAAUAGCCAGAGUCACCUUCGAUCUGUACAGGCUGAAUCCCAAGGACUUCCUGGGCUGUCUCAAUGUCAAGGCCACCAUGUAUGAGAUGUAUUCAGUGUCUUACGACAUCCGGUGCAAUGGGCUCAAGGCCAUGCUGAGGAGUCUGCUGCGCUUCAUGUCCUAUGCUUCCCAGGUGAUAGGACAGUUUCUCAUCUACACAGGCACAUACAUGCUUCGAGUGCUGGGGGACACGGAGCAGCAGCCUCCGCCUCAGUCUCAGGACCAGGGCUGGUUCAGGUACAAAUAGUGGGACCCCAUCUGCUGAGGGCUGGGCUGGCCCUCUCCUCACAGGGAGCCCAUUAAUGAAUUUCUAGGAUGCUGCUGUGUUAUUUACCACGAAUGCAUGUAGAUGGCUGGUUCCCUUUGCUGGGAAGGGCUCCAGGAGAUGAGAAGGGGGCUUGGUGGUGCAUUAGGAGAGCUGUGCAGCAGGUUGCCCAGGAGGGGGAAGAAGACAUGGAGGGGUUUUGAGGGCUACAUGAAAGGUAGCAUGACUAUGUAUCAGACCCUCUGGGGAUCUCACAUGCUCCAA